GCAGCAGCAGGUCCGCAGUGUGACAGCCGGUGAGAAGAGAAAACAUGGCCGCUUACAAAAUUGUACUUAUCCGCCACGGAGAGAGCUCUUGGAACCAAGAAAAUCGCUUCUGCGGAUGGUUUGAUGCGGAUCUUAGCGAAACCGGCCAGCAAGAAGCCCAGAGAGGCGGCCAAGCUCUCAAAGAUGCUGGCUUUGAGUUUGAUAUCUGCUUCACGUCUGUGCUUAAGCGGGCCAUUCGUACAUUAUGGAUAGCUUUGGAGGGCAUCGACCAGAUGUGGCUACCAGUUGUCAGAACAUGGCGACUGAAUGAGAGGCAUUAUGGUGGCCUAACAGGCCUUAAUAAGGCGGAGACUGCUGCUAAGCAUGGAGAAGAGCAGGUCAAGGUUUGGAGAAGAUCAUUUGAUAUUCCUCCACCUCCAAUGGAUCCAGAUCAUGAUUAUUAUAGCAUAAUCAGCAAGGAUCGACGCUACGCAGACCUGACAGAGGAGCAGCUUCCAAGUUGUGAAAGCUUGAAGGAUACCAUUGCACGUGCCCUACCCUUCUGGAACGAGGAGAUUGUCCCACUUAUUAAGCAGGGGAAACGAGUGUUUAUUGCAGCUCAUGGCAACAGUCUUAGGGGAAUUGUCAAGCACAUUGAAGGUAUGUCAGAUGAAGAGAUCAUGGGACUAAACUUGCCCACUGGAAUCCCUAUUGUUUAUGAACUGGACAAGAACCUGAAACCUACUAAACCAAUGCAGUUCCUGGGAGAUGAAGAGACUGUGCGGAAGGCCAUGGAGGCUGUAGCUGCCCAAGGCAAAGCCAAGAAGUAAACUGAUGUUUUAGAGCAGCCAUCCUUUAGUUUACUUCUCCCAAACACCUCACAGCUUAAGGACUCUCAGAUAUAGUUGCACGUGGGUCCAUCCAUUUUUCUACUCUAUUUUUUGCCCUUUCUCCUGGAAAAUAGUUACUGUUUCAACUGUAAAGCCAUAGGUUUUUUUUUGCACUUGUAAGGCCAGUCAAGAUCAAAGGUUUAUAGAGAGAAUACUGGAACACCACAUAUAUCCCUAAAUGCUUGCCCUUUAAAUUCCAAAAUGUCUGUUGAUUAGAAACUGAUAAUCUGAAUAUUUAAAGUCAAAGGCUAUGACAAUUUAUUAAGGAAUUCUAUGUGAAUUUCUAUGGGCUGUUAAUUCAUAUAAUUGUGUUGUGACCAAGCACUUAAGUUAUUUAUUUACUUUUCACUAGUGCACCUUUGUUUUGUUUUUGUAUUUUUUUCCAGAGAAACAGCACUUAUAAUUAAGUUUAUAAUUUAAUGUUUUUUAGGAAUUUGACACUGUAGGUUAAUACUGUAUUUUAUAUCUGAGACUUCAAGGAUAAGUAAGGUCAAUUGCCAGUAUGUGUAAUAGUAACAGAUUAACUGGUUUGAGGAUCAAGCAUACGCCCUAUAAACUUGUGUAUUUGGGUCCAAAAUAUUGGCAGCUCUGGCUAAUGUGCAAACUACGUGUUGUACUUUGUCCUUACAAUGAAACUGUUAAUUUGCGGAGAUAAAUGGUUGCUGACCAUAUUUAAGUUGCCCCCUGAUCCAGCCUGUCCUAGUAAGGAUUGCUCAGGGGGCAAAUGCAAUUCAUCAGAGUUAGUGGAUUUGUUGGGAGAGCACUGGUCCUUUGUGUCCUGGCCUUUGGAUAGAAUCGGUGAUCUCUGUCCAUUACGUGCUACCAUGUUUACUGUAGCUGUGUUUGCCUGAUAGAGGUACCUUUUCAAGAUCAUUACAAUAAAGGAGUGAUGUGCAAUUAAA